UUGGCCUUGUUUCCCUGCUGUUGGCAUGGAGGCCGCCCGGUGAACGAACCCAACAUUAUUGGGUCCCUAGCAAUGCGCAGCUGGGCUGUUGACAUUGACGUCCUAGCACCGCCUAUCCAAUGUCCCGGCGACUCGGAUUUCCGACCGUAGCCCUUGACCCGAGGGUGCAUCGGGAGGAGGACCUGUCGCUGGCGCGGACAGCCUCGCAGCAGCAGAGAUCCGACGCUGCGGCGGCUGGCGCUGCUGCCCCUUUCAACCCCAACCGGCGUCGCGUGGUCCUCCCAGACCCCGUUGCUUUCAAGUUCCUAGAAAGCGAUCCCUUGGUCUCCGUUGUCGAACGUAGACAUGUCCUUCCCGGCUAUGAGCUCUACCUGGUCGAGCAGUGGGCUUGCUCGCGCCAAUCGCCCACCCUCGUUAUCGCAACCUACACUGGGGACCCGAGACACUCGGUUGUUGUCGGCGUCUUGGAAGUGCCCGCCGACAGCAAGGACUGGUCGCCGAUGCUGCGGGCCUACUUCAGGGCCAUCCAUCAGUAUCAUGCGCGGCCGAAGGAGACGGAGAUCGGGGAGCUUAUGGUCACCAACCUCAGCAGCUUCCCCUCGGCACUCACCGUGAUUCCGGUCCCGGAAGGGGACAUACGCAAGCACCGCCAGCUUUUCAUUGUCAACGAGAAUCUGAAGCGGCUGGGCUGCUCUGGGCGGUCAGGACUCACGCUUACAGAACCGACACCGGCAACACAAGCCAAAUUCAUGCAGACGUACAAGACGAGCGACAGGAUAUCAUUCGUUCAGGCCGUCGUCGAGCUUGUCAAGCUCUGCCAGCUGGCCCUCUUCAUGUUUGGCAUGCUCGAGGAGGUGUACAUAGAUGGCCUGCUUUGUGACGUCACGGAAAAGGCCAUCAACGACUGGUGGAUCGAGAUUGGCUCGGAAUAUUUCAACAUUGAGCCCACGGACGGUAUCCUUGGGCCAACAACGGUCGCUGCUCUCCUAGGCACGUUUCUAGGAGCGAGGAACCGGCUCAGCUACUAUGGCGCUCCGGUAUCCAAAGACGCGUUCGACAUAGAGAGCACGAAGAAGGGCAUCGGGACAUUCCAGAAAUCCGUAAGGCUGGAAAAGACACGGCGGCUUGAUCGGCAGACCCUUCUCAAACUGCACAGCGUAACCGCCAAGGCGGCAGCCGGGGAAGGCGGUUGGGGCGUGCAGAAGGCGGUCAAGUCUACAGUUGCCGAGAUUGGUGGGAAGCGAGGCGAACUUGUCAUCGGCAUGGUAGGUGGCCGGGAUAAGGCCAACAUCGGCGAUAUUGAGACACUAGACCUAGGCAAGUUCAUCAAUCUUGCAUCUGGUGAACGGGCCAAAUGGCUCUGGCACGGAAAGCCGAGGAGGACGCUGCAGGACCAGCAUCAGGAGCCCGAACAUCCCGUUUCAGCGUUUGGAAAGGAGCUCGGAGACGAGAUUGGUUCUCAGCUAGGAAACAGGAGGGCGCAGUCCGCACCAGUCGAGGACGAGCUAGAGGCCAAGAAGAAGGAAGAGUCACCUGCAACCUCUUCCCCUCUCCAGGCAUCAAACUCUGCGCCGAUGACGACGGACACGCCUGGCGGCGACCGAGACGCCCUGCGCAAGACGGUCUUCAAAAGCGUUGCGGACAAGGUGAAUGACGCCCGUUCGGGGCUGGGACGUAUUAGAGAUGCCGUGGGAGGCGGCCUCAGAGGGCACGUCAGCCGGCCGUCAAAGGACGAAAGUCCGGACACAGGCAUGAGCGGAUACUCGACCCCCAGUAUUGCGACGCUGGCCCAGUCGUCAGCCGCUGUGACAAGCCCAGUCGCGGUCGGCAGGGCAUUCACAUGGAAGGCCAAGCCGGAAGAGUACCUUGCUGCCCUGAAAGAAAGGGAGGGAGACGAGUCGGCACCUCCUAUGUCUGUCACGAGCGCGGACAGAGCGGAGGAGCACUUGUCAGCUGCCAGCACAACACUCGGUGCGAAAGAGACGUUAGAGGUUACAGUCACUGAAAUGGCAAAGGAGGUCCGCAGCACCAAUGUCUCGGCGCGUGGUUCCGUCGUAGUCGACGGGGACCUCCAAGGGCCUGUUCUCGCCCUCGAGCGGUGUUCUGACGGACCACUCUUGGCUCUACAGCGUCGCCACAGCGUUGACGGCAUGGUCUCCUCCUUGAGCCACCGUCUCAACGAGGCCCGUUAUCCGCGACGGCUCUCCUUCAGCGCGGCCGAGGACGCCAUCCUCUCCUGGGUCGAGCUGAUCAGCCUCACCGACGUGUCUGCGGGCACUAGCACAAGCGAUCUGCUACCCUUACAAUCACAAGCAGAGCUGUCCUACAACCUGUACAACCGCCUCCAGUUGAUCAAAACUGACCUUGUGCCCUGGGUGUCGAAGGGGGUGUCAGACGCUUCAACCCUCGAGCAGACCCUUGACGCCCAACAAACCGACCUCCAUUCUUUACACAGCGAUGUAGACGAAACGUACCAGCGCAUGCGACACAGCAGCAGCGAGCUGUUGGCCGCGGAGCGGGCACGCCUUGGUGAGGCGGUCAAGGAUGUCGAGGGGUUGGCGGCGAAGCUCGAGUACGAGAUUGGCGCGCUCGUGUCACGGGUCAACGAGGUCGAGGACGGGGUCGCGCAGUUCGAGGCGCAGGUCGAGGACGUCGAGAGGAGGGCCGAGGAUCUAAAGAUUGUGCUGGAGACGGAGAGCUGGGUGCACUGGUUUGUUCGGACCCUGACGGGCAUCGGGACGGGGCCGAACAUCACCAGGGGGCCGAGUGAGAGUCAGGAGGUCGUGCGACAUCGCACGUAGAGAGGAAGGGAAUUACGCUUGUGUUCCGCAUUGAAUGGUGAAGUCUUGGGUAUCUUGGAGUUGAACGGCGUUGGGAGUUUCGGAAGAGCAUUUAGCAUAACACCGCCAGCAUUACAGGCCUGAUCGCAUUC